CUCCGUCCUUUCCACUGUAGCACUCCAUCAAACCCAACAGCUUGCCAGGCUUGCACCGUUGCACCCAAAUAAAUAGACAUCAAUGGCUCAAGCAUCCACAAGCACCUACCACCAUUAUUAUGAGAAAUUACUGCAUGGACCAGGUCCAACUGGACCAGGGCAAAUCUCGGAGCAUAUGCACGGUGGAUAACGCGCAACCGGGAUUUAGCGAAAUACAAGGGGCGAUGUGGCGUGUUAUCCACCGUGGGAUUUCGCGUGGUCCAUUGGACCUGGUCCAAGUAAUAAUUUGAUCUUUAUUACGCCACACAAGGAGACGGCAGUCGCUCACAUGCUACUCGCUUGAAAACACCACUUUUCCUCCUCGUGCUCCUUCCCUUCAUUUAUCCACUGCUCUUCUCCCCCGCAACAUCUCACCCACAAUGGCCAGAAGAAGCAUACCAACAACCAGAUGGCUAUCCCUCUGCCUAGCAGCACUCCAUCUAACCCUCUCUCUUUGCACCACCACGCCGCCCAAGCCUCUUCCCAGGACAUACAUCAUCCACAUGGCCAAGUCCGAGAUGCCGCAAUCCUUCACUCAUCAUCUCCAAUGGUACGCCUCUACCAUCAAGUCUGUAACAACUUCCUCCAAGCCAGAAGCGGUAGCAGAAGACGAAGAAGACCCAGCUGAAAGGAUUAUCUACAGCUACGAAACCGCCUUUCACGGCUUUGCCGCGAAGCUCACCGAAGAUGAAGCCGAGAUGCUGCAGAGCAUCCCCGGCGUGGCCGCCGUGCUCCCGGAGACAGUCUACCAACUCCACACAACGAGGAGCCCCCGGUUUCUCGGCAUCACCGGCAAAAGAAACCGCAUCUGGUCGGCAGCCCUCUCCGAUCACGACGUCAUCGUCGGCAUCCUGGACACCGGAAUCUGGCCCGAAAGCCCGAGUUUCAGCGACAGGGGCAUGACCCCCGUUCCACCCCGAUGGAAAGGCGGCUGCGAGAUCGGUCGAGGAUUCACCGCAAAGAACUGCAACCAAAAAAUCGUCGGCGCCCGGAUAUUUUACCGGGGCUACGAGGAGGCCUCGGGGGCCAUCGACGAGAAGAGCGAGUUCAAGUCCCCCAGGGACCAGGACGGGCACGGGACCCACACGGCCGCCACGGUCGCGGGCGCGCCCGUGCGGGGCGCCAACCUCCUGGGCUACGCCCGGGGCACCGCGCGCGGGAUGGCGCCGCGCGCGCGGGUGGCGGUCUACAAGGUGUGCUGGACCGGCGGGUGCUUCAGCUCCGACAUCCUGGCCGCCGUCGAUCGGGCAGUGGCCGACGGCGUGGACGUCCUCUCCAUCUCCCUCGGCGGCGGGGUCUCCAGCUACUACCGCGAUAGCCUCUCGGUGGCUGCCUUCGGGGCCAUGGAGAAGGGGGUCUUCGUCGCUUGCUCGGCUGGAAACGGCGGGCCGGAUCCCAUCAGCCUCACCAAUGUCUCCCCCUGGAUCGCCACGGUGGGGGCCAGCACCAUGGAUAGAGACUUCCCGGCUACCGUUAGGCUGGGAAACGGGAUGAAUUUAACCGGUGUGUCGCUCUACAAGGGCCGGAGGAAUCUCUCCCCGCGGCGGCAGUAUCCUUUGGUUUAUAUGGGCGGCAAUACUAGCAUUCCGGAUCAGAAGUCCCUUUGUCUGGAGGGGACCUUGGAUCCACACGUAGUGGCUGGAAAGAUCGUGAUAUGUGACCGUGGAAUCAACCCACGAGUGCAGAAGGGCCAGGUGGUGAAGGGCGCCAGGGGAGUGGGUAUGAUACUGGCAAACACCGCUGCUAACGGUGAGGAGCUCGUAGCUGAUAGCCACCUCUUGCCGGCUGUUGCCGUCGGAGAGGCUGCUGGAAAUGUGAUCAAGCAGUAUAGCAAGAUUGGCUCCCAUCCCACCACCGCGACUAUGGCAUUCGAGGGGACCAAGGUUGGAAUCCGGCCGUCGCCGGUGGUGGCGGCGUUCUCUUCCAGAGGGCCGAAUAUCCUCACCCUGGAAAUCCUCAAGCCGGAUAUCGUAGCGCCGGGUGUGAACAUUCUUGCCGCGUGGAGUGGUGAUGCCAGCCCGUCGAGCUUGCUUGCCGAUCACCGGCGAGUCAAGUUCAACAUCCUAUCCGGGACCUCGAUGUCGUGCCCGCAUGUCGGAGGGGUCGCUGCACUGCUCAAGGCCAGCCACCCCGAUUGGAGCCCAGCUGCCAUAAAAUCAGCUCUCAUGACCACUGCCUAUACCCAUGACAACACUUUCAGACCUCUCAAGGAUGCCGCAACUGGUGCGCCGUCGAACCCCUAUGAUCAUGGCGCCGGCCACAUACGUCCAGCCAAGGCCGUAGACCCUGGCUUGAUCUACGACAUCAGCCCGGAUGACUACUUCGAAUUUCUCUGCACUCAGAAAUUGACGCCAUCGCAGCUCAAAGUCUUUACAAAGUCCUCAAAUCGGACCUGCAAGCAGAGACUAGCAUCUCCAGGGGAUCUCAAUUACCCAGCCAUAUCAGCUGUCUUUAGAGAGCAACCGGCUCCUGUGUUAACACUGCACAGAACUGUCACAAACGUUGGCCCUCCAGUUUCCACGUACCAUGUCAAGGUUACACCAUUCCGGGGUGUGGAUGUGGCGGUAGAGCCGAAGACGCUACACUUCACUCACCAGAACCAGAAGCUAUCUUACAAGGUUACCUUCAGAACCAAAUCGCCCCAGCCAAUUCCUGAUUUGGGAGCCCUGAUAUGGAGUGACGGUAUUCAUUUGGUCCGGAGCCCGGUUGUAAUAACAUGGCUGGCACCGCUGUAAACCAUUUUGCCAGGUGAGUUUGAUCCAGGAUACCACCAUGCAUCCAUAGUGAUGGGCAAGGGAAUCAUCCGCUAGGUAAAGGAGAUCGGUCUAUCUGACAAAAUUUUAUCUCUGUAUCAAAUGAAAAUCUAAUGAGUUUGUGGAACUUAUGCUGUUUAAAUUGCACGUUGUAGCUUUUUAAAUUGCAGGUCAGCAAGUCACGGUCCAUCAAAAGCUUGCAGCUGGCA